AUGAGAAAUGCUAAUGGCAGGAGUACUAGCUCUGCUUCUGGUUGUAGCAUUGGUAACGGAAUGACCGAUAAUCGCUCCCCUCCACUUCUUGGCAUGGAUAGAGUUGGCUUGCCUGAUGCUAUCCAUUCCUUUGACGAAUGCCUUGUCUCAAGUGCCAAACUUUCUGAAGGUGGCAGAUCAAUUAAUAAUGGUGUCUCUACUGUUGGUGGAAACAGUAGGUCCUACACUUACAUUUAUGGAGCCCCUGGUGGUUCAGGAGGAGGUGGUUCUGUUACUAGUGGUAGUGUCGGAAGAGGAGACGCUUCUGGUAGUCAUCACAAUAUCGGUCUUGCAGGUGCUGGUGCGUUAGGAGGUAGUAGUGGUGGAGGUCCAGGAAGUGGUUGGAGUGGUGGAUCUUCCUCUUCAUCCUCAAUGCAACAAUCCCAACAGCAUUUGGUUAUUUUUGAACCACCCUCUCGACCUAGUCGAGGCACUGAAGGUCGUUCAAUUACACUUCGCGCUAACCAUUUUGAAAUUCGCAUGCCUAAGGGUUUCUUACACCACUAUGAUGUGACCAUUACUCCAGAAAAAUGUCCUCGCAGGGUAAAUCGUGAAAUUAUAGAGACGAUGGUAAACUCUAUGCACUACCAAAAAUACUUUUAUAACCAAAAGCCGGUGUUUGACGGCCGACGUAAUAUGUAUACUCGUGACCCGCUUCCAAUUAGCAAGGAGAAGGUGGAACUCGAAGUGAUGUUGCCUGGUGAAGGCAAAGAUCGCGUAUUCCGUGUGGCCAUCAAGCAUGUUUCUGAAGUUUCUCUUUUUGCCCUUGAGGAGGCUUUAGAAGGCCGCGCAAAAAACAUUCCACAAGAUGCUGUUCUCUCUCUUGAUGUGAUAAUGAGACAUUUACCCAGCAUGAGGUGGGUUCCAUUUAGAAAGAUGAUCCUGAGUAAAUUAACUGUAAAAUCAUUAGCUGAUUUACUCAUUUCUCUAUUGUUGCAGUUAAUAUUGAUGUUUAAAAUAAUUUUAUGCUCCUUAAUAUUAAUUUCCCCCUUGAUUAUACAAAAGAUAUUCUGA